AUGCUAACCAAAGCCAUGCUAACCAAAGCCAUGCUAACCAAAGCCAUGCUAACCAAAGCCAUGCUAACCAAAGCCAUGCUAACCAAAGCCAUGCUAACCAAAGCCAUGCUAACCAAAGCCAUGCUAACCAAAGCCAUGCUAACCAAAGCCAUGCUAACCAAAGCCAUGCUAACCAAAGCCAUGCUAACCAAAGCCAUGCUAACCAAAGCCAUGCUAACCAAAGCCAUGCUAACCAAAGCCAUGCUAACCAAAGCCAUGCUAACCAAAGCCAUGCUAACCAAAGCCAUGCUAACCAAAGCCAUGCUAACCAAGCCAUGCUAA